CAGCGUGUCCCAUCUCUCCUCCAGACGCUCAGCUAAACAUAUACUGACGUUCGCCCUUCCUGAUUCGCGUCACACUAGGUUUUUGCUAUCGCCUAUAACUACACCAUACCCUAGUCUACCACUCCCAUCAAAGCUCCCAAUCCCUGCCACCAUGCCCUUGACAUUGUCGAACAUGCCCGAGGAGCUCCAGGAGCGCAUCCUCGCAUUCGCCGUCACCCCCGACAUGCCUUCCCCAGUGCAUCGUCCUUCGUGGCAUACAGCGAUCACAGGUGCUAGAAGGCCCACCGUCGCUCCUCGCGUAGCACCUCUCCUCGUUUCCCGAACGUGGCUCAGGAUCGUCACGCCCAUCUUCUACCGUCACAUCGUCCUCCGCUCCGACAGGCAGGCCGCCAUGCUUGCCCACAGUCUCCGCUGCAACCCGGAGCUUGGUCGCUGGGUGCGCAGUAUCCGCGUUGAGGGCACCUACCAGAUGCUACCGGACGUCGUCCAGUUCUGCCCUGCCCUGGAGGAGUUCGACCUGACCGUCGACAAUGGAUCGUCGAGCCCGCCUGCGCAGGGCGCGAGGUCGCAGCGACCGCCUUCGAUAGAUGCGGCGAUCGUCCGGUUCUGCGCUAGCUUCGCGUGCAUGCGUCGGCUGAGGCACCUCGUCAUCCGCAAGAACGCCUACCUCACCCUGCCUGGCCCGACGCACAUCUUUGAGCAGCUCGGGAAGGCUAUUGGGACCUGGAAGUACCUCGAAAGCGUGCACAUCGCCUUCCGUUUCUCACCCUCACCCGCCUCUGCGUCGUUCGCCACGUCGCUCGCCUCCGCGCCGAGACUGCGAAGGGUCAGUGCGCAGCUGCCUACGGUAUGGAACACAGCGCUCCUCGAGAUCUCCCAGAACCCCUCGCUCGAGCGCAUCCACAUCGGGCCCCGCGCAGAGCUCUUCGCCUCGCAGCUGUUCAUCACCGAGGCGCGCAAGCACCCGCGUCUGAUGGAGCUCAUCGUGGCGGGCACCCCAGAGCUGCCCACAGAGCCGCCUGCGCGCUCGCGCUGCUGGCCCGUCUCGUCCAGCCUGCCGAGCCCGGGCCUGAUGUCCCCCUCGUCCGUCUCGCACCUCCCCGCGCAGUAUCCCCACCCGUACGUGCACGGCCCGCACCAUGCGCCGGCCCCGGCCCCCUACCAACACCUCUCACAGCGCAGCCGCGCGAAGCCGGAUCACGCACACCCGCACGUACAGCACUCCCCGCGUGACCCGCGCGCUGGGCUCCCCGUGCUCGUCUCGCCGCGCAGCGCGCCUGCCGUGCGCCGCAUGAGCGCCGUGUGAGCGAGUGGUCCGGGCGGCGGUCCCUGUGACUGCGCCACUAUAAUCGCUGUAUCAGCGUCCUCUGGCGGCGCACGGGUGUCCUCGGCCACUGCGGUACCCAUUGACAGUGCACGCAUAUAUGAUAC